CAACAACACUACAAUUUAGUUGCAAUGAGUGCACAGCACGUGUCGCGCGACACAUCGCGCUCGCGGUAUACGCGCCAAAUCACGAGGCCCGCCUGAUCACUCCGAGUUCUCCCGCACAUGCAAUGCCCUCCCCCACCAUGGCCAACCGCGAUGUAGCCAUGCUAUCGUCUUCGGCGCCACAGUCGUCUCAUCGACUACCUACCGUAUCAGCCUCCCAGGCCCUCGAGACGCUGCACGCCCGAGGCUCCCGCACUGUCUGUACCGGGCUUCCACAGCUCGACAAAUACCUCGCUCCCCAUGGACUGCCAGGCCGAGCCGUUGCAGGCGGAUACGUGCGCGGGAAGGUCACCGAGAUCUUCGGCCCGCCCGGCGUGGGCAAGACGGCCUUUGGCAUUCAGGCAGCAGUGAGCGCAUUACGUGAAGGGCAGAAGGUGGUCUGGCUUGAUGCUGCCUGUGCUCCCUUGGUGCCUCAGCGCUUCACAAAUGUCCUGCUUGCAGACGGCGACCCGGUACUGCAGGCAUCGACAGCGCCGCCGAAGGUACCUGGCACGUCCAGAAUGUCUCCAGAUGAGAUGCGAAGCCACUUUUAUCACUACGCAAUCCCAAAGCUCGCGCAUUUGCUGGCUCUAUUCAUGCAUCCGCCCUCUUCGUUUCCACCGCCAAACACAAGUCUCAUCGUUAUCGACUCAAUAUCAACCCUGUUCGACAACGCAUAUCCCCGCAAUGCUGACGACCGCGCGGCCAAGAACCGAAGUGACCAGGCGCGCUGGGCUGCGGGUCGCAAAUUUGCAGUAAUGAACGAGCUGAUCUCAACGCUCACUAAAUUGGCUGCUAUGCACGACAUCGCACUGCUCCUCACGUCUCAGACCAUCACCCGCAUCCGUGCCGGUUCAAGGGCUCUUUUGGUUCCUGCAAUAUCAGGCGCAGAGUGGGAGAACGGCGUAUCCACCCGUUUGGUGUUGUUCAGGGAUUGGGUGCCGGGGCAAGGGAAGUGGACCAAGGCAGAUGCCGCGAAACUGCAGAAAACCCGGUUCGCAGGCGUCUUGAAAGCAAAUGGUGUAGGUCUGGCCGACGAUGGUGGUGUCGGCACGGUGGUUCCGUUUGCUGUUGAGAAGGUGAGUUAAUCUACAGCCCGCAGAGCCUACAAUAUUAGCAACGC